AUGUUUCCAUUCGCGUAUUUUCUCAGUCAUCGUGUUCGCAACACAGAACUUGCUCUACAAGUCCAGUCUCGUCAGUGGACCGACUACAAGACGUACAAUCAUUCAGUCACAUGUGUGUGGAACGGGCAUAAUUCCAAGCUCUACUCCAAGUGGGUUUCCAGAUCUUCCCAGCUGGUUUCUCGUUCGCUAUCACCAAAUGCUAGCGAAGCAGAGUGA